AUGACAACUAAAUGACUUUGAUUUAAAUUGGUUGAAAAGGGAUGUCAAAUAGUUUAAAAGACUUUAUUCGACAAGUUCGCGAUUGUCGAACAACAGCUGAAGAACGUGCUAUUGUUGCGAAAGAAUGUGCUAUGAUUCGCACAAGCUUAAAGGAGAAUUCAAAUAAUCAUUCAUUUCGUAAAAUGGCGAAAUUAUUAUUUAUUCAUAUGAUGGGAUAUCCAAUUAGUUUUGGUCAAAUGGAAUGUUUAAGAUUAAUAGCGUCAAAUAAUUUUGAAGAGAAACGUAUAGGAUAUCUAGCUAUUCAUCAAUUAAUGAAGGAAGAUGACGAAAUUUUGAUGCUUGUGACCAACUCUAUUAAAACUGAUUUAAAUCAUUCAAAUCAAUACGUUAAUAUGCUAGGACUCACUGCUUUGGCUAAUAUUGGCUCAUCACAAAUGGUUCAAAUGCUGGCUCAUGAAGUUGAAGAAUUAUGUUUUUCACCCAAUGUUUCUAUCAAAAGAAAAGCUGUUGUUUGUGCUUUAAGGAUUAUUAAAAAAGUUGAGGAUCUCAAUGAAAGGUUUAUUGCUAUUCUUCCAACAUUAAUGCAUGAUCAAGAUCAAGGCGUCGUAAUGGUAACAUCCUCUAUUAUUAGUACAUUAGCACAUCAAGAUAAGACCUUGGUCGCGCCUCUGAAAUCUCAAAUUUUGUCUUAUUUGGUUCUCCGUCUUAAAACAUUAGUUUCAACGACGGGUUAUGCUAAUACAAGUGAAACGGAAAUUGGAGGCGUCGUUAAUCCGUUUCUUCAGGUGAAACUGCUACAAACCAUACUAGAACUUUUAAAGAUAGCUUCACCUCAUUCCUCUUGCGAUACCGAAAUCACCAAUUUAAUCACACAAAUUAUUGUUAUUACUAACAGCUCAAGAAACCCUGGUUGCUCUAUUCUUUUAGAGUGUAUCAGGAUCAUUUCGACCUUACCCUAUAAUAAAAAUCUUUUUGACGUUUGUGGAAAUGUUUUCGGCAAAUUAUUACAACAUAAAGAAAGUAAUAUUAGAUAUGUCGGUUUAUGUUGUGUUUAUCAACUAGUAAAACAAUAUCCUGAGGUGUUUCAAAGUCAUACGUCCAUUAUUAUGGAUUGUUUAAAGGAUUGCGACCCUUCCAUUCAACGUCAAGCAUUGAAAAUUAUUUAUGAAACGAUGAAUACCACAACAUUACGACUUUAUUUGAAUGAGCUGAUCAAAUUAUAUAGCCGAAAACCUCUCGGGAUUUUAACAUUUGAAGACCGUGAACUUUAUAGUGAUUUGGCUUGCAAGAUGGUCAUGUCGAUACUGCAAUUCUCAUCUACGAAACGUUAUGCCUUGGAUGCCUUACUUUAUUUGCUUUCAGAACUUAAAGAUUUACAAUUCUUAAAAACAGAAACUAUUUUAAUUGAAUUAAUAAGUAUGACACCACAACUUCAACGUUACGCGACCAUUCAAUUAUUUCUCUUAUCAAAAGAACGUUUUUCAAAAAAAGCACUCCUUCGCGUAUGUCUUUGGUGUUUAGGGGAAUAUGGUGAUUUAGUAAUUUCAUCAUCUACAACAGCACUGGAAAGUAUGAGUAUCUCCUCUAAUGAAAUUGUCAGUUUUUUUAAAGAGUAUCUUGAUUUUUACUUGUCAUCUUUAACGGAUUUAGGAAAGCAAAAUAUCAAUUUAGAAGAAAUAUCAUUUUUUAUAGGAGAUACAAAUAUAACGCCCUCUACUUCAUAUAGUGCACAAGUGCAAGACUCCUUUUAUAACACUCUUGAAAUUCUAAUUAACGCACUAGCCAAAUUAUCGAAACGUUUACCAAAUGAAAGAAAUCGAUUGACUUGCCUGAUUGAAAAAUUCAAAAAUCAUUCGAAUAUGGAAAUCCAGCAGCGGGCUCUUGAAUAUUCUUCUUUAAUUGCUCUUAACAAACAAGACUUGUAUUCAACAAUGUUUGACGUUAUCCCGACUUUACCUGAAAAUUCCCAUAGUGAUUUAUAUCGUUUAAAUGUGAAACCUAUUGGCAAUACAACAAGUGAUACUUUUUCCUUUAAAACGCAGUUUGAGGAAGCUUUUUUAAACAGUACAAGCGAUGUACAAAAGAGUCAUAUCGAGACAACCGAUUUAUUACUUUUGAAUGAUGAUGAACCCGUUUCAAAACUUGAGACCGAUGUUGUUGAAAAGCAGACGAAAUUCGCUAGUGUCAUAGACCUUUUAAAUGAUCUACCCAUAUCACCAUCUACUCAUUCAUUGCUAUAAAUUCUAAUUUUUUUGUCUUAAUAAAGAGUGGUAAAGAUAUAGCUUACCACUGUCAAAUCUUUUUAACUUCUCUCCACUCACGCAUUGUUACUUGAUUUUUUUUAAGUACUAAACUUUUUGUGAAUCAAAAUUUUAAUUAUUUCCAAUAAACUGUGAAACAGA